UGUUCGUAAAGGAGUCUUAUAGAGUAGUAUUACAACAAAUAUUUUCUAUUAUUUGCUUUCAGAAGUAAUAUUUUAGUGAAGAUUUGAUUUUGCAGAGCAGAAUAAUGAUGACACACACGAAGGCGAUGACGCACUCGAAGCCGAAGGAGGAGAGGGGCAGUUCCAGGGAAUAUUUCACAGAUCUAUUUCGGCGUGGUACAAGGCAUAAGAAGGAGAUGACACUGCAGACGGUUGAGCUGAAAGUGAUCCGGAUGGACUCUGAAGGGUGUGAGCUCAAAGUAAGAAAGGCCCUCCAACGCAUGCCAGGUGUUCAAACAGUGGAUGUAAACAGAAAGCUGCAAAAAGUUACAGUUACUGGAUACAUUGAACCGAGCAAGGUUCUGAGGAAAGUGCAAGCCACAGGGAAAAAUGCAGAGAUAUGGCCAUACGUUCCCUACAGCUCUGUAACACAACAUGUUGUGAAUGCACAAACGUAUGACAAAAAAGCACCACUUGGGUUUAUGAGGAAAGAGUCUUUCGAUACUGGAAUCAACCCUAACCGCCCAGAUGAAGUGUACGGGUCUAUGUUUAGUGAAGAGAAUGCAAAUGCAUGCACUCUUAUGUGAAUUGACCUGAUGUUCUUAUCUCAGAAUAUCAGUCUGCAAUAUGUAAAAUAUUAGCGUUCCUUAGCUGUGUACCUAAUUUAUGAAGGUGCUUCUGUAAAAGUCCUAAACUUCAGGACGGUUAGACUUUGUAAGUGUAUGAAUGGAACAAAGACUGGUUUUAUAAGAACUUAUAUACUUCUUUCA